AUGGGUUUAUGCUUAUCUGCUGAAGAGAAAGAAUCGCGGCUACGGAGUUAUCAAAUUGACAAAGAGAUUGAAGAAGAUAGCCGAAGAUUCAAGAAGGAAUGUAAAAUUCUUCUAUUAGGGUCAGGAGAAUCCGGAAAAUCAACAAUAGUUAAACAAAUGAAAAUAAUACAUCAAAAUGGUUAUACCAGAGAAGAGUUAGCACAAUAUCGACUAACAGUUUAUAAAAACCUGAUUGAAUCAGCACAUUCUCUGGUUAACGCUGCCAAGAAAUUUCAACUUGAAUUUCGAAUGCCAGAAAACAAAGUUUUUGCCGAUAAAAUUCUGGAUUAUAAUACUGAAUCCGACCCGGCGUUUCAAUUAAGCGAAGAAAUAGUCGAUGCUAUUGAUUCCAUAUGGCAUGAUCCAAUAAUACCGGAGAUUUUAAAUAAUCAAACUCAUUUCUAUAUGAUGGAUUCUGCACCCUACGAAUAUGAUCAGAAAUUAUUGGAAGAAUCCAACCAGAAUAGAAUGGAGGAAAGCCUAGUAUUGUUUGAAUCAGUAAUCAACAGUCGAUGGUUUUUACGAACUUCAAUUAUUCUAUUCCUCAAUAAAAUUGACUUAUUCAGACAAAAGUUGCCACGAGUGCCUCUCGAAAAUUUUUUCCCGGAGUAUUCUGGUGGCCCGGAUAUCAAUAAAGCUACAAAAUAUAUAUUAUGGAGGUUUACGCAGACAAAUCGAGCCCGGCUAAAUAUAUAUCCACAGUGA